AAUGUCAGUUAAGUGGGGCACCUGAAUCUGAUCUACAUGAGGUGCAAAGAUGCCUGAUUUCAACUGAAGGAAUGGGGACACUUGUGAUGCUCAGAGAAAUGAAAACGGUCAGCCCCAGAAUGUUGACGAUUGCUAUCCUAGCCCUUCUUUGUGCCUCAGCCUCUGCCAAUGCCAUUCAGGCUAGGUCCUCCUCCUACAAUGGAGAGUAUGGAGGUGGUGGAGGACAGCGGUUCUCCCAUUCUGGCAACCAGCUGGAUGGCCCCAUCACUGCCCUUCGUGUCCGUGUCAGUCGAUACUACAUUGUAGGUCUCCAGGUGCGCUAUGGCAAGGUGUGGAGUGACUAUGUGGGUGGCAAAUCAGGAGACCUGGAGGAGAUCUUUUUGCACCCUGGUGAAUCAGUGAUUCAGGUGUCUGGCAAAUACAAGAACUAUCUGAGGAAGCUGGUCUUUGUGACAGACAAGGGCCGCUACCUGCCUUUUGGGAAAGACACAGGCACAAGUUUCAAUGCUGUCCCCUUGCACCCCAACACUGUCCUUCGAUUCAUCAGUGGCCGAGCUGGUUCUGUCAUUGAUGCCAUCGGCCUGCACUGGGAUGUCUACCCUUGCUGACUGCAGCAGCAGCUGAGCUCCAGCCUCCUCCCUGGGGCACAGGGCACUGCGGUGGGGCAUGAGAACUUCCUUAUAAUAACCCCCAUCCAAUUGGCUUAAUAAAAAACUAGUUACAACUA